AUGGAAUGUAGUACCAUUUUUUCACACGUGGUAAUCAGCAGCUUUUGCUAUCCUAACAAAGGCUCAUCACAGUUUUACAUGGAAGUAGAACAGCUGUUUUAUUCAAAGCGAGGAUCGAGGAGCUCGGUACUUCUGACAUUUCCUUUCUCAGGCUUGCUUGAAUUCCUAAACUCUUGCCAGACAUGAGGACUUCACUUCAUUCCCGAAUUGUGGGACUAUAGCCACAUCUCAGGCUCUUGCUGUCCUUUUUCUUCAGCUGCAUUUUGAAAUCGUUACUUUGCCUUGUUUUUUUUUUUUUUUUCCAAUUCUGUCACCACUCCAAACGUAUCUCACUAAAAGUCAUGAUAAGACGCUUUUAAUGCUGUUAUCAUUGAAAACACAUGUUGGCCGAUUGCUUCAAAUUAACAUUUCAGUUUACAUCAUAUAUGGUUGUGGAAGAUGUUGGCAGCAAGUUUUUUCAUGUUCCAAAAAUAUACUUCAGUGCCCUUGUAUGAAACCAGCUUCUCUUCUAUUACUUGGGACUGCAUAUAUUUAGCACGUGGGGACAGAUAUUGUAACAAACAGCGAUGACUCUCCAGUGACACAUCUGGCAAAAAUGAGCCAGCGCCAGGGUAAAGACGCUUAUCUGUCUCCGACAAAAGAUUUAGUCCAGGCCACACUCAGCCCAGGAAUCAUUCACAGUCCUGGCUUUGACAGAGGAAAGGAUGAAGUCUUGCAAAGCAAAGAAGAUUCUUCAACCUCGAUGUCCAAGAGCAAGUCGGAGUCUAAAUUAUAUAAUGGCUCUGAAAAGGACAUUGCUGCCGCCUCCAGCAAACUUACAAAAAAGGAGUCUCUUAAGGUUCAAAAGAAAAAUUACAGGGAGGAGAAGAAGAGGGCCACUAAAGAAUUGCUCAGCACAAUCACAGACCCAUCCGUUAUUGUCAUGUCAGACUGGCUGAAGAUUCGAGGAACAUUAAAAAGCUGGACAAAACUGUGGUGUGUGUUGAAACCAGGGGUGCUUUUAAUUUACAAAACUCCAAAAAAUGGUCAGUGGGUAGGCACAGUUCUCCUGAAUGCCUGUGAGAUCAUAGAGAGGCCGUCUAAGAAGGAUGGAUUCUGCUUCAAACUCUUCCACCCAUUGGAGCAAUCAAUUUGGGCUGUUAAGGGUCCCAAAGGUGAAGGAGUUGGGUCUAUUACUCAGCCUCUUCCAAGCAGUUACUUAAUAAUUCGAGCUGCAUCAGAAUCAGAUGGAAGGUGUUGGAUGGAUGCUCUAGAGCUGGCGUUGAAAUGCUCCAGUCUGUUGAAACGCACCAUGAUCAGAGACGGUAAAGAGCAUGACUUCAGUGCCAGUGGUGAGAACAGCCAUGUCAGCUUCUAUGGUCUUCUGAGAGCUAACACCCUCAACAGCAAUGAGAACUUCCAGUUAAAUGACAGUGAAAUUGAAAGACAGCACUUUAAAGAUCAAGACACCUAUUCAGAUAAGUCUGAUAAGGAGAAUGAUCAUGAAGAAUCUGACAAUGAUGUCCUGGGUAAAAGUGAGGACAGUGACAGCGACACAUCAGAGAGACAGGAUGACUCAUUUAUUGACCCUGAACCCAUCGAUGUGAUUAAGGAAACCACAUAUCUGGAAGAAGUGAAUGAAGAGCUAGGAGAGGCUGGUGAGGCAUCACAAACAGAAACCGUUUCAGAAGAGCACAAAAGCCUAAUCUGGACAUUGGUGAAGCAGGUGCGACCGGGAAUGGACCUGUCCAAAGUGGUGCUUCCGACCUUCAUACUGGAGCCCCGUUCCUUCCUGGACAAGCUCUCUGACUACUAUUAUCAUGCAGACUUUCUGUCUGAGGCGGCCCUAGAAGAAAAUGCAUACAGCCGAUUGCAGAAAGUUGUCAAAUGGUAUCUUUCGGGAUUCUAUAAAAAGCCAAAGGGUCUGAAGAAACCUUACAACCCCAUUCUUGGAGAAACCUUCCGCUGCUUGUGGAUACAUCCAGAAACCAAUAGCAAGACCUUUUACAUUGCAGAGCAGGUUUCCCAUCAUCCACCAGUGUCAGCCUUUUAUGUCAGCAAUCGCAAAGAUGGCUUUUGUCUUAGUGGCAGCAUUCUAGCCAAAUCCAAAUUUUAUGGCAAUUCUCUGUCUGCUCUUUUGGAAGGCGAAGGGAGACUAACGUUCCUGAACAGAGGAGAGGACUAUACAGUGACCAUGCCAUACGCUCACUGUAAAGGCAUCCUGUAUGGCACAAUGACAUUAGAGCUUGGAGGAAAUGUCACCAUUAUGUGUGAGAAAACUGGUUAUAGUGCUAUUCUUGAGUUUAAACUAAAGCCUUUUCUAGGCAACGAUGAUUGUGUUAAUCAAAUAUCAGGGAAGCUUAAGCUGGGGAAGGAAGUCCUGGCAACUUUGGAGGGUCACUGGGACAGUGAGGUGUUUGUUCAUGACAAGAAGACAGAGGUGACUGAGACCUUCUGGAACCCUACUCCUGAGAUUAGGCAGUGCAGACUAAUGCGAUGUACAGUGCAGCGUGACGAGCAAGGAGAGUUUGAAUCUGAGAGGCUCUGGCAGCAUGUUACUAGGGCAAUCAAUAACAAAGAUCAGAUAGAAGCCACUCAGGAGAAGUUUGUUUUAGAAGAAGCUCAGAGAAAAGCUGCCAAAGAUAGGAAAGCCAAAGGGGAAGAGUGGACCUGCAAUCUGUUUGACCAGGAUCCUAUCACUGGGGAGUGGCAUUACCGAUAUGCGGAUACCAGACCAUGGGACCCCCUAAAUGACCUGGUUCAGUUUGAAAAAGAAGGUGCCAUCCAGACAAAAGUCAGACAUAGGACUCCAAUGGUUUGUGUUCCAAAGCUAAAACACAAAGUGAGCGGCCAGCAGAAGAAAGGAGAAAGCGGGUGCUCCUCCCCAGAGCUGGAUAACCAGGACUCUUCUGGGAGUGAAGGACACCUAAUAACUCACAGCACUAGAAGCAGAAAGAAGGUGGCAGACCAUGGGGAGCUUCAGAGUGCCAUAGAGUCUAUCAGAAGAACCCAAGAAGAAAUAAAUAGGAACAUCAUCGCCCUCCGUAAUCGUGUGACGACAAAUGCCUCAAAUGUAGAUACAAACUUCCUUCAGCAAAGAGACUAUUGUAUUAUCUUCUUCCUGAUUUUACUUCAGAUUGCCAUUAACUAUUUGUUCAAGUGAGAAAAUAAAGUCUCACGCAGAAAUCCGUCAUGUGUGGAACUGUCACUGUUGGAUUGGGACCACUUUUAGCCUUGCUGGCAUUUUCAGUGCAUUUGGACUUUUGAGUGUAAAAUUAUUCUCCAGUCAGAAAUGAUGGCUUUGGAGACAAUAUUAACUUGUAAGCCUCUGUCUACAUCACCAGUUCCUCAAGUGUGAAAGUGCCAGGUCUAUAUUCCGAGUAUCGUUGUGCAUUAAGUGUUGAACUAUUUUGUGCUUUACUUAAAUAAUGCUACAGUCAGUAGUGUCUAUAUACAUUUUUUAUGUAUGCCAUUGACUGCUUUCUGUAGAUACCAACACUGAUGAUGCUAGUCAUACUUGAACGGAGAAUAGCUUGCAAAUUUAGCUUUGAAAUAAGAGCGUGGAUAAGUCUAGUCAAUUCAGGGGCAUUAUGAGUGUCACACUUUGACCAAAUAUGUUCAUAGUUGAUUCCGUUUGUUUGUACAGACAUGUUGUAGUGGAUUGCCGAUGCCAGGUGACUCAUUCCAAAGCAGCUAGAUGUUUCCGGCUGGAAUUGCCGUUCUGAAAUUUAGCACUUUUUUAUGUGUUCCAUAUUGACAAAAGUAUUUCUGGUACCUGUAGUUGGAGAUGAACACAACAUUAUUUGUUACAGUAAUCGUGUAUGGGUUGCACAAUGUUCUCAUACGUUUUUUUCUCUUUUUUUUUUUUUUAGAAUACCGUUUCCAUUUUGCUCACAUACAGUGAAUUGUAUGCAGUUUUUGUAACAGAAUUUUAAGAUUUAACAUGUGGACCAGGUUAGUUUAGGCUUUUACUAUAGUCAUAUUUAAGCAUAAAUGAUUGGAUGGGGCAUUACUAAACAGCAAUUUGAGAAAAUAACCACAAUAAUGGGUAAUAUAUUACUUACUGUAAAUGCUGUUAUAUAGUACUUUAUUGUCCGUAAACAAUGAUAUGCAUAUUGUAGGCAACCAUUAAAGCUCUCCUCAAGGCUAGUAAAGUUGCCUAAUUGUGUAGUAUUGCAAACAAGAUGCUACACAAGUAUGCUGCCAGUGAUUUACCACGGUCUAGGGAUGGCCUAGAAGAGAUCUGUAUACAAUAUACCAUCAGUACACUUGCAAGCAGUGUGAGUGGUUUCUGCAGUGGUGCUUGGCUGGACAAACAUGUAGACUGCAGAAGUACCCAACAGACAACAGAAAAUACUGUUACGCUGGGGAGAAGGUUUCAGCUCUUCUAAAGAGUGGAAAAAUCUACACACGGAGUAGUGGGAUGUAGUUAUAUUGCCGGCAAUCGGGAUCCCUGCAGCCAGGAUGCCGACGCCGGAAUCCCGACCACUGACAAUGUCGCCAGCUGGAAUCCCGGCUAACAGGGGCUGUUCCCACUUGUGGGUGUCCACGACACCCAUAGAGUGGGAAUAGAACCUGUGGCGAGCCGCCAAGCCCGCAAGUGGCUUCAUUGCGCUUGCCCCCGUGCCGGCAUUUUAGUGGCCGGCAUCCCGGCGUCUCUAUGCUGACAGCCAGGAUUCCAGCUGCUGGUAUCCCAUUUCCAACGCGGAGUAGCUGCCAAAAGCAUUUAGCUAGCAUUUGUCAAGUACAUGCAAUACAAUGAUAUGUAGAAGCUGGUUGCUAUUGACAACUUCUCCACUAAUCUACUGCUCUACACUUUACAAGGCUUGAUAAAUCUCGCCAAAUGUUCUGUUUUGUACUAGUAAUAUUGGAAUGAGGCACCUGCUAUCUAGAACAAAAACUUUCUGGUAUUUUGAGUAAUGUUCUUUCCAGGUGCAAUUAUACAAUGUAUAUAGAUUGAGAUGCAUUAUCUAAUCCCCAGAUAUGUCGGAGCUUUCACCUUUUCUACUGCACCAGUUACACUAGUAACAUAUCUAUUUCAAGGAGUUAAUAGAUUUAGAAUUGUAGAUUAUUGGUCUAAAUCGUGGUCAAAAUCCUUGACAUUCAUUGUCACCAGGCUGGUAAACAUAUACAGAAAUAUUUUAGGGGGAAUUAUUCAUUGUAGGCUACAAAAACCUAGUUGGCGGGCUGCUGGUACAGUAUUGCAAUGGUGGCAACUUGUGCUACUUGAUACAUUUCAGCCUGCAUAAUUAUAGUAUAGAUAAUGUAUAGUAAACAAAAACCAUGUUACACCCUUAAUUUCGUUUGUUAGUGGUAUAUGAAUGAUUGCAAUAUUUCUUUCUGAACACAGUGACGGUUUUAGAUAUAUUUGCCAAACUUCAGUGGACAAGAAACAAUGGCAAAUAGCUCCUCCUGCCAAAGCAGUCAGAACAUUCCUUCUUCCAGCUUCCUUCCUUACAGUAGGCAAUGCUUCCACCGUGUGGAGGGUUAUGGAUUGCUGUAUGUGUCUCUAGUGUGUCAUACCAAAUCUCUAAUAAGUAAAAUGUUGGUAGUUUAGACAGUGGUUACACUAUGUCCUUAUGACCUGGACAAUCUGUAUACAAUGCCCUCAAAUUUAUUAAACCUUUUAAAAGUUACGUUUAAGGGCAGUUGUAGUUGUAUUUAAAUGUUAGUAAUCUAUAUGAAGAAACAAAAUGGUAUCUUCCUCCCCCCCCCCACCACUAUAAGACACAUAAUUAAUGUGAUAAAUCUCUUGUAUGUAUUUGUAUCAUAAUUGACAUUUGUUUUUAAUUAGUGACUACACUUUGAAGCCAUUUCGUUAUGUAGUGUCCUCAGUGCAAAAGGGAUGUAUGACACUACUUUGUAGCGUGUACUGAAGAGGUUAAACAUUUUACAUAUGUAGUGUCUUCUGAUAGAGCAAAUUAGAAUUGUAAAGUUAUAUCCUUUCUGAAUUGUGUAGAUAGAAAACUUUUGUCCUUCUUGUACAGACAAACACCAUCAAAUGGUGAUGAUUACAAUGUAUACAGUUCACUCCAAAAAUGUUUUUUUAAAUGUAAAUUGUAUAUUGAAUUUCUGAAAUGAUAUAGAAAUGUGUUAGCAAUAUGUAAAGAUAUUACCUUCUGUUUCCGUCUUGCGCUGGCGUUCCUUGCCAGGCAGCAAAUUCAGUUGUUUUACAUACAAACAGUAGUGGGCAGGUGGGGAUAUUUGUAGAGUAAGUGUUGAAUCACUUCAUGUUGUACAGUACACUCAUCCACACACAUACAUGUAGUCACAAGGCAAACGUUUAGAACAUUAGUGCAAUCCGUUUAUCUUUUGUCACGUCAUGACUUUGAAUAUAAUUGCCAUGCUGUCUGUAAACGCAGGAACUCAACUUAUCACAAAAUUGCACAGCUUCCACUGUUAUUUCAUCAUGUCCAGGUUUUACAUUUCUGCAUGUUCUCUCCUUUUCCACUAGAGGGCACUUGCAGUGCCUUGCUAUUUACGCAGUGAUAAAUAUCCAUGACUGCCCCAUUAGUGCCAGAUUAAGGGCGGUAUCCAAUUAGAGGCGAUCCGUUUUCGGCGGAUUAAAACUGCCAGAUAUCGGGAUUUUCGACUUGUGGUCAUUAUUGUGGUAUCCAAUUAGAGGCCAUUUUGAUUGGCUGAAAACAGACCCGCAAUUGUGGGAUAACACAUAAGAUCUGGGAUAAGCUCCCGCUCCCAUGUGUAAUUGCAGCUCUGGCAGGCCAUUUAUCGCAGAUUAUGCUUUGGGUGCCUGAGGCACCCGAAGCAUAAUCUUCGAUAACUGCCGGUAUCGGGGCUAAUAGGAUAGUCCCCAGCGAUCCUACUGGCAGUGGUACAUUACUACUGUUAAUAGGAUACCACCCUAAGUAUCUUAUUCUGUAAGUUACCCCAUCUGGCACAUAAAGGAGUAGAAUACAGUAGUAGUGUUUGUCAUUUUUCUGUAGAUUAUGUAUGUCCUACACUUGCACUUUUUGGGAUGUGACUGAAAGCCCAAGAGCUGUCUGAAUAUAGCUAACCUGUGCCUUUUUUGCUAUACAAGUGAUUAGAGGUGUUUUGGGUUUGUGCCAUAUACAUGCGAUAGGUUCCAAGCCCAUACUUUUACUCUUCAAAGAGGAUUUGCAAUACUUGGUCAGAUAUUUUACUCCUUUGCUCUUGAAGAUUAAGCUGUAUACAGCCUUUCAUGUUAAUCUGCUGCUUUCUGAUUGGGCGGCCUGCUGCAGAGGAGCCGGGUAAGCGGCAUGGUUACAGGGGGCCUGUGAUUUAUCUUAACAUUGUUGCAUAUUUGUACAAGUGUAUAUAUAAUGAAGUCAUUACAAUUUGUGGCAUAUCCUUAAUAGCCAUAGCAACAAGCAGUGACCUCUGACACAAAAUAUUGACUUCAAUUUUUUUUUUUUUUUGGUAAUUCACAGCUUUUAAGUACAAAACUUCCAAUGAACUAUAAAUUGUGUGUUCUGUAUCCUGUUAUUCUUAGUGGCUACAGCUGAAAAUGUAAUUGUAGCCUACUGGUCCUCCUUACACUUUUGGUCUAAUACAAAAAGCUUGUAUACUGGACUCCUGUAACUUUUAUGCACACCUGUUAUUUCACCAUCAAUUGCUUGUUUUUGUACUGUUACAUUUUUAAACAACUAAUAGACUGUUAUAUUAAAGUUCAUUAAGACCAGUGUUAAUGUAUUGAUGAAGAGCCAGAACCCAUGACAAAUGAAUGUGAAUAAAACUUAAUAGAACUCGCUGAAUAACAGUCAUAGGUUUAUUUUAUUAUGUGAACCUCUGGACAGAAUUUCUGUUAUAUCUUAGCGUAAUUGCCCACACACCAUUUUUAGGAAACCUUUGAAGUGUCACUGAGUAGGAUGGAACAAAGUAAAAAAAAUAACAGAGUCCUAUCUUUUUUUAGCAUGUCAAAUGUUCAUGCGUGUUGUACCAUCUUGUCCAAUGGCUUUUUGAAAAUUAAAGCACUAUAUCUGGUCAGUAGUUUUGUAUUUUCAAUUAGAAUAAAAAUGUGAUCAUACAGUAA